AUGCCCGGCAGCACCCCAAGCACACCGCUCACCCGCACCACCAUCACCAGCAAGCCUCGCCAGGCUCCUGCCCAGCAACACCCACGCAGCGCCCACAGGCCCACCACGGCUGCACCCACAACCACACAGCCCUGCCUGCGGCACAGCACACCGGUGCUCCUGCUCCUCCUGACUGCUCUCGCAACUGCCCGCGCCUGCCGCCACCCGCAUGCCCGCGACGACGCGUUCCCCUGGGACAGCCUCCAGCUCCUCCAGACCAUGGCUCCCAGCCCGACACAGCCCUGCCAACUCCAGCAGGCGCCCACCCUUCCCAGCACCCUUCUCCACAACAGCCACCCACAGCAAGCCCCCACCAUCGCCCUCCGCAUCCUCCAGCACCUCUUCGCCAUCUUCAGCAGCCCCAGCAGCCCCCAACACUGGGAUGCCCGGGCACGGGAUGAGCUCCUCAACAACCUCCAGCACCACAUCCAGAGGUUCCAGCAAUGCCUGUCAGCCAACAGCAUGCUCUUCCAAGGCCGAGGGCCCCGCAACCUGCUGCUCAGCAUCAACAAGUACUUCACGAGCAUCCAGGAAUUCCUCUACACCCACAAACACAGCACCUGCGCCUGGGACCACGUCCGACUCCAAGCCCGCGCCUGCUUCCAGCAGCUCCACAACCUCACUCGUGCCACGCGCAAAUAGACCAACGACCUCAACUGCCCCCGCGGGGCCCACGCACCCCUACCCACGCCGCCGCCGCCGUUAC